AUGAGACAUAUUCGUUGGACAGACUCAUCGUGGCGAAGUGAUCAAGUCGGUGCUAUGCAGUACUUCAGUUGGGAAAAUGUUUCGUGUUCCAUAUCGAAUAUAAAAUCUUCAUGUACUCAAGGAUCUAUACCUGUGUUUGCUGUUAAUGCAACAUGGCCUGAGCAUAUUCGAGCAACAAUACAAUUUGCUUCGACAAACAAUCUUCGUUUAGUCAUAAAAGCAACAGGACAUGACUUAUUAGGUCGAUCAACGGCAUUCGGAUCUCUACUUUUGUGGCUUCAUUACAUGAAAAAUAUGACUCUAAUUCCACAAUAUUCAUCAGUGAUGGUACUACAAUAUCGAAUGUUGUUUCUCUCACUGCUGUAUUAUUUUUAUGUACUUAAUGAAAUAGACCCGACUAGUUACAAUGGUAUCGUCGGCUCUCGCCUCAUUCCUGAAACAAUCGUUCGCAAUCAAACAGAUACUCUUGCUCAAGCAUUUCUUCAAAUGAAACGUCAAAGUUUGUCUUUUUCACAACUUACAAUAAGUAUGGUCAGUGGUGGCCAAGCGUCGAACACAUCUAAUAAAUACAAUAGUGUGAAUCCAGCAUGGCAUACUGCUCUUCUUCAUGUGUUCUAUGCUAAAGGUUGGCCCGAUGAUGCAUCCGUCGAACUUCAACAAGCAAGUGCUGUUCAAAUCUCUCGUCAGAUACAAAUGUUAGAUACCUUAGCCAAUGGUGAUCAGCUUGCUUGCUAUAUGAACGAAGCCGAUCCAAAUGAACCAAAUUGGCAACAUAGAUUUUUCGGUUCACAAACCUUGUAUAAUCGACUGAAAAGUGUCAAACAAAAAUAUGAUCCAUCGGGUUUAUUCGUAGAUAACGGUUAUCAUGGUGACCCUUACGAUGCAAAAUCUACUAGAUCACCGUUCCCAGACGGUACAACGGGUUCCGGAUUCCAAUUAGUGUAG